AUGAGAACAAUUGAAGCAAGAAUAGAAGUUGGAAGGGAGCUGGCAUUUGGAGAGGACUUGAGCGCGGAAGCGGAAGAGUGGUCAUUAUUGAGGGCCGUUGCCGAGGGAGAGGCGUCUGGUGGGGGCACUGCGGGCUGGGGAAGACUUUUAGUGCAGAAGUCCCGUCACCAUAGAGACUUCACGCUGGGCCCGCCUCCCUUGUUGCCUACGGUUGCCGCCCCGGAGCCCAGCCCUCCGCCUCCUCCAGAAAUAGAUAAUGUUGAAGACGAAGACUACGAUCCGGCGGAGGAUGAGAUUCUCACCAAGCAGAACCCAUGCCUGGUGAAAUACUGCGGUAAAGGACGGGAGUGCCAGGUAAGCCGCGGAGUGGCACAGUGUAUCUGUCAACGUCGCUGCAGGAGGCACCAGAAACUGGUGUGUGGGACGGAUGGCGAGCUGUACGCGAACCAUUGCGAACUGCAUCGCACAGCAUGUUUGGAGGGCAGAGCAAUCGCUGUGGACCACGCCUAUGGCUGCAUCAAGCAGGGACCUCAGCCAGACAAGCCAGAGGACCAUAGCCUUCUAGAUGUGAUGUCGCCAUCUGCAGUCCCCACUGCCGUCCCCAAUGAAACAUUUACACCACUCAAGCAUAACCCGGAGGACAAUGAGGCAGAACUGGAACCAGAUUCAUACUAUGACAAAGAUGAUUGUUCCAUCCAAGAGUACGAGAUAAUGAAGGAUAACCUGCUGCUGUACAACCAUGCCAAGCUGAUGGCGGAGGACAACCACAGCUCCGGGAAGGAGUACCUGGUGAGCAUCAUGUUCAGUCACUACGACCAGAACAACAAUGGGGCACUUGAGAGAGAGGAGCUCGAACAGAUCGCUAGUCGGGAACAUCUGAACCAGCUAGCCAAAGGCUGCAGUCUCGGCCACAUGCUUUCUUUUGAUGACAGCGACAAAGAUGGCCGCCUCAACAUAAAUGAGUUUUAUAUGGCGUUUAGUAAGUUAUACAGUGUGUCGGUGGUGUCACUAGACAAGGCCCUGGAGGUGAACCACUUAUCAGCCCGUGUGGGAGACAAUGUUGAGAUCAAGUGUGACGUGACUGGGACUCCACCACCUCCCAUCGUGUGGCGACGCAAUGAGGCCGAUCUGUCAGCUCUCAAUGAGGAUGAGGUGCGGGUGUUCAGUGACGGAUCUUUGUACUUGACUCGAAUCCAACUCAUCCAUGCCGGCAACUACACAUGUCAUGCACAGCGCAACAAGGAUGUUGUACAGACACAUGUGCUCACUGUGCACACUAUUCCAGAAGUGAAAGUGACACCACGGAUCCAGUCUCGGCGACCAGGCAAAGACGCCUCAAUGUUCUGCCAUGUGAUCGGAGAGCCUUUUCCCAAAGUUGAUUGGCUGAAGAAUGAUGAGCCCCUCAGGUUCGAUGUGCCACACAAGUACAAGAUUAUCGGUAACGGGACAGAACUGCAACUGCACAAGAUAGGAUAUGCUGACACGGGUGCAUACAUGUGCCAGGCGAGCAAUGUUGGGGGCAUGACUCGUGACAUCUCAUCGCUUGUUGUGCAAGAGGACCCCACCCCCACUGCACCGAACGAGGAGCGUCGCUUCUUUUCGUUCCAUGAUUGGGGCGUGUCUGUGUAUGAGCCCACAGCUUGCAGAUUGUACCACCAGAUACAGGCUACAGACAUCAUUCCUGGUACCCAGGAAUAUGUCUGUGGUGAUAAGGGAGUGAAUUGCAGCUGGGGCCAAGCUAUCAAUGUUGCCAACCGUUACGUGUAUGUGGCUCAACCUCGUAAGGACCGAGUGCUGGUCAUCAGCAAGAUUCAGAUGGUGGUUGUGGAUGUUGUGGUGACAGAUAAGUACCCAGUCGAGCUUCACUAUGUCCCACACCUUGACCAGGUGUGGGUCCUGAACUGGCGUAGUGAAAACAACCAGGGCAUCAAAACCAUACAGAUUAUCCGGGAUGCAGCCCAGAAGAGAAAGCAUCACACAGUGCACCCUGAGCCCAUUGAUGGACAGUUUGACCUCGUGCGAGGCCUCUUCAUGCCCCCCAUACAGGAUAUGACGCACAUGUUCAAGUAUGGGUACGUGACGCACACAAACCAGCGUGGGCUGUACAAGCUGGACUUGGCCAACAUGCGCUACACUAGAAGUAUUGACUUGACGCCAUACAAUUGUGUGCCACGCCACAUACAGUUCUCUGCUCUGUACGGCUUUGUGAUCAUGGAAUGUGAGGAACCCAUCACAGGCCGGCCAACAGGGCAGAUCCUGCUCGACUACCUGACAGAUACAGUGCUCGCUCACAAAACUGGAUUGUUUGGGCAUCCUCAUGUGUCCCCCAACAGUCGCUCUGUCGUCACAUUGGACAGAGGUCAUGAUGGAGUGACUCUAGUGGUGCAGGAAGUUACUGAAAGUGGUCUGAAGUUCUCAUUUGAUGUGAAGACAACGUUGAACAUCAGUGACAUCACAUUCUACCCAUCACAAACCACACAUGGCUACGAUCUGUAUGCCAGUGCGACAGAGAAAGAGGAUAUCUUGUUCCUCAACCUUGUGACAGGAAAAGUGGAGAUGAUCACGGGGGUGGGCAGGGCCAUGCACCCUGCCCUUGCCCAGUGGGACGCACCAAACCGGCCCAUUGCGGCCUCUGGAGUGUUCGGCCACUACAUGGUCACACCGGCCAAUGAAGCCCUGUUCGUAGUCAAUGGGGAGACACGAACGGUGAACUGCGAGAUUGGUGGGCUUGUUCAUCCAAGAACCGCUGUCUGGGUGACAAUGCAGCUCCAGUGAACAAAAGUGACCUAAGUAACAAUACUAUAUCAGACAGCCUUUUUUUGUUAUUUUACACUGGUGGACACAUUGUUGUGAUUUAGCAAAUUGAAUUACACAGACUUUACUCAUUGUGAUGAAGUGCAGUGUACUGAGGAUGGUGCUGAACACGGGCACAGAUGCUGAAAAGAGUAGUGACAUUGCAGAGGAGGUUUGAGCUUCCCACUGCAGAGAAUAUUAAAAUUGUGACACUUGGUAGUCUGGUGAAUAGGUACCAGUGUCUUAGAUGAAUCUG